AUGCCUACCACGUUCAAACAGGCAGUCACCGCUAUCCGACGACUACCGGUGGAUACCGUUACCCUCAACCGCAUAGUUGCUUCAGUCAAAAGUCAAGUCAAACAGGCCCGCAACCCUCAGGACCUCCCCCGCCUAUACCGGAGCUGGAUCUCUCUCCAGCGCCAAUUGGUUGAGGAUGAGCGAUGGCUGCUGCUAUCCGACGUACUUGACCGAUGCUAUAAACGACCGCCACAGUGGUAUCAUCAAUUCCGAUCCGUGUCUCCUGUACAGCUCAAACCGUUUUGGCCCCAAGUACACCUCAUCGAUGAAUUUGGCACCGAACCAGCACUACGAAAAUACCAUGAGGCUCAAGCUUUAAUUGGCGCAAGCAAUACCUCGUGGCUCCGCCAGGGACCGGGAGAACUGCCUUUCACUAUGCUCCGCAAGUACGGCUCGGGAGUGUCACUAUACGAACAGCUCACGGAUAAAGCGGUGAAGUUGACUCGGUUUGUGCUGCAUAAUCAGCUGAGACUAGCCGCCAAACGCAAUAUCAAGCCCGAAGUGUCGUAUCCCACCGAUCAAUAUGCUCUUCCCUUGAGUGCUAAGCGACAGAAUAAUAUAUUCGUCAAGAAGAUCCGAGAAGUGAAGCAAUUAGUCACUCAGUUUGUGCCGUUAGCGAAGUAUGAUUUGGAUUGGCUCAUCACUGUGGCAUCAACUCCAUUGGAGAGCUCUGAAGUGGCGAUUAACCCCAACUUCUUUCGGUACAUGGAGCGUAAAAGAGAAAUCGAAAAGGAACAGCUACUGCCGAAACUUCGAGCUAAACGCACCAAAUGGUGGAUUCCCACCGAGCAUAAUAUCCGCAAGCAUUAUCGAAGUUACGUUACUCGACAGUUCUUCAUCGAUGACAGUGGCAAUUACCAACUCAGUCCCAUGGAUAACUUUUUCCAUAACCAAAAGCCAUUGACUGAGGCAUUACACGAAGACCAAUGA